AUGCCUAAUCAAGGCUCGCAAAGCAGAACGGCGCAGUUGCCUUUCCAACAGCUAUUGAAGAAUAAUGACCUAGGAAUCAUUGAGAAUCCAUUACAGCGUGUCGACGAAGUGGAUUUGGAUGAGGACAUUACUAAUUUCUAUGCUGAACACCAUCUUGGUAAAGUGGUCGACCUUGACACACUGAUCCGUGCUGGACACGUGGCAAGAGAUGAGAAAGCUACAAUUGCAGAAGGAAUCCUCAACGAGGUGGAAUUACGCGCACUGGAGAAGGAGAAGACCACUCGUUUCUGGGAAGAGAGUAAAGAGCUGAAACUCAUUCUCCUCACAUGUUUCGUUGGGAGCGUGGUUCAAGGAUGGGCCCAGGGUGCUAUCGUAGGCCCAAAUCAAAAAUGGCCCAGCGAUUUUCAUCUCAAGAUUGGUAAUAUCAGUGAUGACCCAGCUGAGACUCUAAGGAAGACAGGAGAUAUCUGGCGAUUCGCUGCGACGAAUGCCAUUGUUUACUUCUCGGCAAGCUCACUCGGGGCUUUCUUGUGCGAUCCAAUGACAGAGAUCUUUUGGGGUCGACGAGGGGCCCUGUUUGUGGCCGCAACGACAACAUUUGCGUCCUCAAUAGGCCAGGCUUACACGAAGAGCUGGCACGCACUAUUAAGAGGGCAAAUAUUGACGUCUUGGCAAAUUGGAACUGCCCUUGGAAUCGCGUUUGCCGGUGCUAUACCACUCAUAGUGCCGGGCAGCUGGCGCUUCCAGAUAUCCAGCUCUUUUAUACCUGCCGCAAUGCUUCUGGUACUAGUUUACGCUGGAUCAGAGUCUCCUCGAUGGUUGGUGAAGAAGCAACGAUACCGCGAGGCCUAUUCUGUGUUCCUACGACUUCGGGAGAAUCCACUGCUUGCGGCGCGGGAUCUUAUACAUAUUCGAGCUCAGCUGAAUGUUGAGACCAUCCUAUUUAUGCGGACAGCCCGAGAUGUCGAAGAAAUAGGCAACGAGGUCCCGCAUCUAGAUCCGGCCGUCUACAGGCGACAGAUCAGCCUUUUUGGUUAUGGGCGGCGCAUCACCCAGCUAUUUACGAUACCUCGAGUCCGGCGAGCCACACUGGCAUCUUUCGCUGUCAUGAGCGCCCAGAUCCUGUGUGGGAUCAAUGUCUUUGCAUUCCUCGCCUCGACAAUCUGGCAAUACGCGCGAAUUAGGCGUACUCAGGGGCUUUGGCUAUUCUUCGCCUUUGGCUUGUCAAAUUUCUUCUUCUCGGCAAUCGCCUACUGGUUUAUAGACACCAAGGGGCGCAGGUUCUUGUUGAUGGUGUCGCUGGCCGCAAUGUUUCCUCUACUCUUGGCAGUAGGCUUCAGCUUUGAAGUGGAGAGCAAUUCAGGGAGACUCGCUGCGGUGGCAAUUUUCCUUAUACUUUACAUUCUGGCAUACAGUCCUGGCGGAGGCGUGGUCCCGUUCCUGUACAGCUCUGAAGUCUUCCCAUUGGUCCUUCGUGAGGUGGGAAUGGCGUGGGCGUCGGGUGUGCUCUUUAUGGGAGCGGGCUUGCUGACUCUAGUGGUACCUCAGCUCAUUCAUGCAACAGGGCCAACAGGACUGCUUGGCCUUUUCGCAGGGCUCGACGCCUUUGCGUUCAUACUCGUCUGGCUGUUUGUACCAGGCACAGAACGCCAGAUAUCGACAAUGGAAGACAUGAACUACGUAUUUGGGGUCAGCACUAAAAGGCAUGUGCGAUAUCAGAUUAAAGAGGUGGCUCCCUGGUAUUACAAGCGUCACGUAAGACGUUUCAAUGUUGCUGACAUGGAUUCUUUAUAUCAAUACUCAAGAUUAGAGGACAGGACUGCAAAUGGACAGCGUGGACAGCAGAACGGUCACUAG